AUGCAAUUUUCAAUCCUCCUGACGACCCUCUUCAGCCUCGCUAUCACAGCCAUGGCAGACAUUCAUGACGGAAAGCCAGUAUGUGCACCAAACGAAGCCAGACUAUGCUGUUCCUGUGGAGGCUGUAACGCCAAUGGAAACUGCCCGGCUGGAAGCCCGGACGCCGGCUGCCCUUGUAUCAAGGCGGAUCCCAGGUUGGGAAAUGUUUGCGACGGCCAGCCACCUUUUGAGGGGGUGCAGUGCUGA